GUAAUUUUAUAAAAUCCGAUGUUUUAAUUUUUUUGUGAUGGAAAAACUCAAAAUUUAAAAUUAAUUUUAAUAUAAAUACGUUCUGUAAGGAAGAUGUGUGUGAUUUCGUGUAUAAUAUUUUAAGGAAGCUAAAAUAAGGAAAAGAAGUAAAUUUUAUAGCCCUAUAAGAUUUCAUGCAGUAUAAGAACUGAGGGUGGCUAAACCAGCAAGCAAGGAAAACCUAAUUUAUAUUAUUAAAGUCCAUACGGAACAUUUUAAAAGGAAUCUAAUAAGUGAAUUAAAGACAAAAAGAUAUAAAAUGUGAAGAGAAUCCAUCCGUGAUAAAAAUUUCGAUACCAAUCGCUUCUGUUCUUAUUUUGUUUCAAAUUUGCUCGAGAGGAAAUCCAACAAAGUUAUAAAAAGUGAAUUAAAUUAAUUUCGGGAAGUUUGUGAAUUCAACCAAUAAAACGAGGAACAAGAAAAGAGAAUUGAAGUUUACCAAUCAAUUAUUUAAACGAGGUAGCAAAAGCUCAAUAAUUAAUUAAACACAUCCAUUAUGUCGUUGAACGAUACACACUCGUUGGAAAGGACAUUAGAUUUCUGCGAUAAAAGCAAUGAUUCGUUUCUUAACACGACAGACUGUUCAAUACCAAAUAAUAUAAGUAACAUAUCAACAGUCACGACUGGAUGCCAAUCUAAUGCAAAAGCAAUGUCUAAUCAGCCACAACAGGAUGAUAAUAAAAGGAAAUCACAUAUCCAUUUUAAUCGAUUAUGGUCGGUGUGGUACGGUAUAUUAGUGACGCUUUUUCAAGGAUAUCUUAUCAUAUUGGGUCUUCAGAAAUAUUUAGGCUGUUCACUUUUAAAAUGGAAAAAUGGUUUACCGGUGACAGAGCUCAACAUGCAACUCAUUUUUUGUGCCAUGACACUAUUAUUCUUGCCAUUAUUUUUGGCAUCAGCAUUGUUUAAGAUUGGAAAUCUAGCGAAUGACGGCAUCAAGUUAAGUGCGCGAAAAGGCACGUGCUCAUCAGAACAGCCAGUAAUAUUUGAAGAUGAUGGAAAUAGUAGCACAAUGAGGUCUUUAUGGAUGCAUGGAGUGCCGAUAUCUGUAUUUAUACACAUCAUAACUGCUCUUUGUUUGCUACUACCACAUCUGCUAUUGGAAGCAAAAUUAAUUCAAAAUCAGCAUCUGCCAAAAGAUAACAUAUGGAAAAGUGAAAUUGAUUUCAUAUUGAAUCGUAACGAUAGACUGGUAAUUUUAUCAUUUAUCAAUACAUCACCAUAUCAGAAUGAUACAGCUACGGCAUCGCACGAGAAUAAAUAUGAAGAUGAAGAUGAUGAUGAUUUAUUCGAGCCAUUGGACUACGACUCAUUUAAGACUCAUGAGAGUCUGCAGUCAUAUAAUACACCAACUCAAACAUAUCUACCAACUUUACUUGACUCAAUUCCAAUACGUAUUAGCACAUAUGCUGAUGAUUAUGAUCUUUAUUUGCCUGAAAUAAUUACAACAACGCCAGUCACUUCAACUACUCGAAGGAUUACAACGACAAAAACCGAAUUGCCAACAACAACAACUGAAAAAUUAACAACAACUUCAACAACCGAAAAAACAACAACUAUAAAAUUGACAACACCUUCGACGACCACAGAGUUAUUGACACCAAGUCCAACGACAGAAGAACCGACCACAACAACAUUAAAAACUACAUUUUCAACAUCUACAACAACAGUAAAAAUGCCCACAGUUCCGGAAUUAUUUACUGAAGAACCUACUUUACCGACACGAUUGAUAUCAACAAGUCCAAAAACUACAUUAUCGACGGCUUUAAAUCCUCAAACCUUUCCAACUCAACCCACAUUUGCAACUUUUCCACCAAUUAUCGAAAAGGUGCAUCACGUUGGGAAGGGAAGUAAAGGUCAUGGAAAGAACAGAAAGCAUGGCCAUAAGAAGCAUCACCGACAACAUCCACCACCAACACAUGAAAUCGAUGAUUUACCAGAUGACCCAAAUCUAGAAAUAAAGCCCGAAAAGGAUUUCGAUUUUGAUUCAUUUGAUCGAGAAAUUCACAUGAUAGAAAACGGCAAUAACAAAAGUACAGGCCGUAAAAAAGUUAAGGGAAAUGCAAAAUCAGCAUCAGAACAAAUAAGACCGAUUUCAAGGAAUUAUGAGCAAAUUGAGAGUCCUAAAACAACGCAAAGAACGGCUACGGAAUCAACAAGGCAAGUGAUUGGAAAGAUUAAAGGGAAGGAUAGCGAGAUUCACAUUGUUAAAUCUCCUGAAACCGCGUCAUCGACUUCUUCUUCCUUUAUUCCUAAUUUAAGAAAUGACGAGUACCGGAUGAGAGCAACAGAUGCCAGUGGAAGAAGAGUUGUAAAAAGGUCAAUAUCAGAGGAUGAAAAUGUAAAUGAUAUUUUGUUGUUAGACAACGUUCUGCCAAGUAUAAACGAAGAUGUUUACGUUAUCAAAGAAGAAAAGCUCGAUGAAAUAUAUCCAGCUGCUUUGAUUGGUGCUGUAACCAAUUUUACACAGUCAAAUGAUUUGGAUGGAAUUGGUGGAUUUUUACAAUCUAUUCUCGGAACAGAUGAUAAAUUUGAUCCGAAGCAUUGGUUCCAAAAAUCUCCCAAUUUAGAAUACUUAAAUCUCGCUUUGGCACUGCUUGUUUGGUCUGUUCGAUAUCCUUCUGUAUUUUGGGAAUCAUCCAAGGCUUUUACGAUGAUUUUCUCACUUCAAAUGCUCAUAAAUAGUAUUGACAUAUUGAUGCUACAUGUGGGAACAAGCAUAUUAUUCAAAUUAGAAAUUGUCGGUCAAUAUAUGCCUGUGCAGAAUCAACCGUCGCCAUUAUUGCUUAACGGAAUUGUAACAUUAGCCUUGACAUUAUUGGCCUAUGUUUUGAUAAUUGCUUCAUCUAUGAUUCUUUAUCUCUAUGGACAUUCAAGAUUGUCAGCGAAAAUCCGAGAUUGUCAAAUGAUUACACUAAAGGAUGGUGAUUUAUGGUCGUACUUUUCGCAUUGUGCUUCGCUAUGUUUCAUCCUGGCAAUAUCUGUUGUAAAAGCGCCAAUAAUUCACGACUUGAGUGUCAUUUAUCGUAUCAGCUUGGAUAAGACAAUUUUUGCAGCAACAAUGACAUCAAUAAUUCACAUCUUUUUAUGGAUUGUCAUCUGGUUGGCAUUAACAGCGAAACGUCAAUGGGCUUUUAAAUUGCCACUCGUUGAGUCGAUUUAUCAGACACGUGCAGAAGCAGUUCAACCACUACUCAACAUUAACGGACGACAGUUGAAUGGUCCAGUGAAGAAAGAAGAGGAAACGAUUUAUUGGCCUAGUUCUCCAAAGUUAAAAGUAACCUUUACAGAUGAAGUUGCCAGUACGUUAACAGAUCGCAAUUUAAUACCUGAUAUUAUUGAACAUGAUGGCAAGCGAUCCAUCUUAUCGACGAUUUGUCCCAACGGCAACCAUUCGGGGGAAGCUGACGAGGGUGAAUAUGCCACAUUAAAGACAACAACUCAACUGCAAAUUAGUGAAUAUGAUGAAGUCAUUAAUCUGCAGCGCAUACAACGCAACAGUAAUGAUAAUGGAUAUGAUGAUACGUCAGAGGAGGGAAAAUUGCUAGAAUGUGUUCGAGAUGAGUCAGUGACCUAUGCAUCGACUCGUGAUUUAGAACCACCACACACAACGACUGCAACUGUAUACUCGCAUGAGAGAUAUGUUGUUUCAUCCGAGCAUCAUAUGAUUAGUCCCAUGGCACCAGUUACCGUUCAAGUUCAUUCUGAACAUCUCACAUCAACCCCGAGAUUUUUGCGCAGAGCAGAUUCUGGAAUGCCAGCAACUAACAAUGAAGCAUUAACUCCAAAAUCGGAUACAAAUUCGACAGAAAGUUCAACAUCACCACCUGAACGAGCUUUAUCAGAAUCUUCAAGUGGUGUUCAUUCAAGUGAAGAGAAUAAAGAUGAAGUGCUUAUAAGAGCAAAACCAGGAAUUCCAAAACCUGUUAAAGCACCUGCUGUGAUUGAGGAAGAACCAUAUGGGAGAAUUACAAAUAAUCAUAAAAUGUUGAGCUUCAAAGAAGGAAUGAACGGUGGUAAUGUCGGGAAUAACAUGAAUAAUAGCAAUACAUUACCACAUAAUCGAAGCACCAUGGUUAAUGAGCAGCCGUCAAUAAUCGAUUACUCGCAAUGCAACACUAUGCCUUUAAUGCCUGGUGCUCAUCAGAUUCAUCGAAUGUCUGCUAAUGAUCCGCAAAAGCAACGUACAACGCUCCCAAACAACAUUCGUUAUUCUACAGCUGGUUAUCAUUUACGUCAAAUGCCACAAAUCAAAACUGGAGAUUCACCGUAUGCAACAACUGGCCUUGGCAGUGGUCAUCACACUUUUUCACAACGGUUCAUUCAAAAUGAACCAUUACCGCCACCUCCAAUACAACAAAUGCCACAAUCCCACUCACAACAGCAAUUUUCCAUGACAUCGUCAUCAUCAGCAAUUUAUCAGCCCAUAAAUCAUUUCAAUCAACCACCAUCAUCAUUCACAGGUAUGAUUAGUCAUAGUAGUCCAUAUCAAAUGGUUGUCAAUGAAUUAUGUGCAAAUAAUCAAGGCACGCAUUCUUUUCCACCACCCCCACCACCCAUUUCAAACUCAUUGCAAAUGCAUUAAGUCGUUUAACGAACCCGAUUCUUUGAAUUGUCCUACUCUGUUACUAAAUUCAUCCUUUAUGCUUUAUCUUCAGUAUUUGAAGAUGUAAAAGAGGAAUAUCAAAAGAAUAUAAUUAAGUCUAUAUCGCACAACAACCAUCAAAAAAAAUGUUAAUAGAAUAAAAACAUCAUUAAUGGAGGGUUCAGAAGGCGAAUUAAUUAUAAUAAAAUUUGCUGGAAGCUGGACUUACAAAUACAUUAAUUGUAUUUGAUUUUGACAGAUUUUAUUAUGAUGUCUAUUGUCCAUGAACAUCAUGAAUAGAAUAAUGAAAUUAAAAGGUGAAAAGUAAUUCGAGAGCAUUCAAAUUGUGUUCUUAACAAACACACAAUAGCUUCUCUUGUCAAAAAGAUACAGUUCUGUUGUUUAGGGAGCAAAAUUGAUUUAAUUCCAUUCAUUUUAUAGCUAUGGAAUUAAAGUUUUAUUUUUAAAAGCGUUUCUAGGAAUUAGAAAAUGCCUCAAAACAUUAUAAAAUUCCUUAAAAACCGUCUUUAAAUAAAAAUUUUAAUUUGCAGUAUUAAGCAAAUGCUUUUGGCACAAGCUGAAUUUC